CACUUGGGUAACACCAACAGUAUAACAGGAUCACACCGGUGGAAAAACACCAGGCCUUACACUUCUUCCAGAGAAAUCAGUACUGAUUUAGGCCCACGCACUCUAACUUUUUUUUGCUGCAUUUGCCUUCGGCCAAUUGAGAGAAUUGCCCUUUUUCUGAUGGGAAAUCGAUCUAAAAUCGCUUCCAGAAUGAUCCGAUUUUCGCUGAGGACCCUGGCAUUAGUCACUUCAAGUUGUCCGCUCAUUGGUUUUGUGUUGUGUGUCUUGAUUUCGAUUUGGAAGGACUUUUAUGGAGUCAACCAUACGCAUUGCAAUGUUUACAAUUUUCUACCCUCCAUUAGUGCCAGCAUUGGUAACUUCACACCACAGCGCUAUAUAUGGCGCAUUGCUGUGGCUUUACACGUCACUCCUAGAAUUCUCUUUGCUGUCCUGUGGUACACUUGGCACCGCCAGGAUCUUCAUAACUGGAGUUCCAAUCCAAGUUACAGGACUCUGUGUCGAGUCAACCUUGGGUUUUGCCUGAUGGAGUUGUCUUGUCUGGUUGGUCUAACCUACGUCUCAUCUAAUGAUGAUUACAGUAUACAUGAGAAGUGUUUUAUUUUCUUUGUGAUCUUUGCUGUGCUGCACAUGAUCUCAACUUGCUGUCUGUGUCACAAGAGAAAAGCUCCCAUGCAUCAAUAUUCCUACCAGUACAAGCUCUACUUGUUUGGAACAUUUGUAGCAUCCAUCAUCAGCUUUUCAUAUCUCUUUGAUAGACAUAAUCGCUACUGUGAGCCCUAUGUCUACAGUGUCUUUGCAUUCUUUGAAUAUCUGUGUGUCGUGAGCAACAUCGCUUUCCACACCACAAUCAUUUUGGAUGUCAGAGAUCACGCAGUCAUUAUAACCAACUCGCAGGUGGACGAAGAUGUGUUGAAUGGUUACCUAGCCUAUUGAUGGGGACAACACAUAUCACAGACUCAAAGAUCACACCAAGCAUCUGUAUUCGAAUUAAUGACAUUUGGUCAAUGUCAAAUUAUAAGUCAAUUUAUGGUCUGCUGUAAGAACACUUACAGUUCAAGUUGAUCAAAAACAGUCAUUGUUAAUCAAAGCAAAGAAAUCUGUUGGAGCAUUUACAACUUGCAUCUCAAUUUCAAGGGUACUUGUGCUGCCUGUUAGAGCAGAAUUCACUGUUCAAAUGGACUAUUCCCUAGGCUCAGUGGCAGUAACAGACCUGUAUAAACUCCCCAGAUAUCUGAGAUGGUCUCAGGAAUGCUUUAUUGGAAUGCAUAAAUGGAGGUAUUUAUAAUGUAUCACCUUGAGACCUGUCUUGAUGCAUGUGCAUGCUGUUAUCGCUGCUGUGUAAAGAAGUUACUCUGCUGCAAUAUAAGUCAUCAAAACAGAAUUUAUACAUUUUGUUUGUAACUCAGAAAUUACGUGUACAAACAAAAGUGCUCUCGUCCAACAUUUGACCUUGCCAAACACCAUGCACCAACUUCAGAAUAUAGUGGUGUAUUUCUUUAAAGGGUAGAACCCAUUUUUAGGAGUUUGAAUGU